UAUAAAAAUAUUGUUUUUUUUAAAUCUUAUGAUGUUCUUCCUUUCCAUGGUCUGAUAUUGAAACUGCAGGAAACGGUCAUCAUGCAGAUUUUUGUUAAAACACUCACAGGGAAAACUAUCACCCUAGAGGUAGAGGGAUCCGACACUAUCGAAAAUGUUAAAGCUAAAAUUCAAGAUAAAGAAGGAAUUCCUCCCGAUCAACAACGAUUAAUUUUCGCUGGCAAACAAUUGGAGGAUGGCAGAACUUUGUCAGAUUAUAAUAUUCAAAAGGAAUCUACUUUGCACUUGGUUCUGCGUUUACGAGGAGGUGCAAAGAAACGUAAGAAGAAGAAUUAUUCAACUCCGAAAAAAAUCAAGCACAAGAAGAAGAAGGUUAAGCUUGCUGUACUCAAAUUCUACAAGGUCGAUGAGAAUGGAAAGAUCCAUCGUUUAAGACGAGAAUGCCCUAGUGAGCAAUGUGGUGCUGGCGUUUUCAUGGCAGCAAUGGAAGACCGUCAUUAUUGCGGUAAAUGUGGUUACACGCUUGUCUUUAAUAAACCAGAAGAUAAGUAAAUGAUAAAUAUGUAAACAAUUUAUUAAAUGAAAUAAUCUUCUUAAGUA